ACACCCAGACGGAGCAGCGCUGCUGCCGGCGCAGGAGGCAUCCCCGUGGCGUUGCAGAGGGACGCGCUGACGGCCACCGGGCGCUGAUUAGAGCCCAGCACCCAGCCAGCUGCCGGGCGUAGCAGGGACCAGCGCGCCGAUCCCGAGCUCCCGGCCAGCGGGGCGCGCCGCAGCCCUUGGGGCGAGCCGCCGAGCUCCCGGGCCGGCGCUGCGAUCCCCGGCGCGCCCAGGGGGAUGCGCGCCUUCGGCCCGAGCCUCUGGGGCCGGUGAGCAGCGCGCAGCCGGCAUGGAAGCGGCCGAGGCGGAGCCGAGCCAGCCCCUCAGCCCGGCCCCAGCGCCGCCGCCCGAGAAGAAGAAGCUGCAGCGGGCGCCGUCCCCGGCCAGACCCAAGGAUGUGCCCGGCUGGUCCCUGGCCAAGAGCCGGCGCGGCAGCCACCCCGGCUCGCCGGCCUCGCUCUGCGGGAAGCAGGGCGCUGGGCCCGGGCACUCGCGGCGGCCGGGCGGGGGCAAAGACGGGCGGCCCGAGAAGAAGGGGAAGCAGCCGCAGCCAGCUGGCGGCCGGGGCUCCGGGAAGGGGGCUCCGGGCCGGGCCGGGGCCAAGGCGAAGGGGCGGUGCCGGGGGCCAGCCGGGGAGGAGCCGCCGCCCCCCCUGAGCCUGACGGACAGCAGCUCGGAGGGCUCGGACUGCAGCGGCUCGGAGGAGGCCAAGCUGCUCUCGCUGGAGCUCAGCGGCAGCGACCCCGAGUCCCCGGGCAGCGCCCCGGCCCUGCCCGCCGGCCAGGGCAUCUCGCCGCCGCCCGACGAGCCCUCCGCCGCCUCCAUGGCCAGCAGCCGCCUGCAGCUCAGCACCUCGCUGGCCUUCUCCGACCUCACCGAGGAGCUGCUGGACGCGGGGCAGGAGGGCCUGGCGCGGGAGCUGGAGGAGCUGCGCUCCGAGAACGACUAUCUCAAGGAUGAGAUUGAGGAGCUGCGUGCGGAGAUGCUGGAGAUGAGAGACGUCUACAUGGAGGAGGAUGUCUACCAGCUGCAAGAGCUCCGGCAGCAACUGGACCAGGCCAGCAAGACCUGUCGCAUCCUGCAGUACCGGCUGCGCAAAGCAGAGCGCCGCAGCCUGCGCGUGGCACAGACUGGGCAGGUGGAUGGCGAGCUCAUCCACAGCCUGGAGCAGGAUGUCAAGGUGGCCAAGGACGUCUCUGUGCGGCUCCACAACGAGCUGGAGGUGGUGGAGAAGAAGAGGAUCAAGCUGGAGGAGGAGAAUGAAGACCUGCGCCAGAGGCUGAUCGAGACAGAGCUGGCCAAGCAGGUGCUGCAGAACGAGAUGGACAAACUGCGUGAGAAUUCGUUGAAGAAAAGGGGAUCUCGUUCUGUGGGGAAGACUGAAAAGAAGCCGUCAGUCCAGGAGGACAGCGCAGACCUAAAGUGUCAACUGCAUUUUGCGAAAGAAGAGUCGGCUCUGAUGUGCAAGAAACUAACAAAGUUAGCCAAGGAGAACGACAGCAUGAAGGAGGAGCUGGUGAAAUAUCACUCCUUGUAUGGGGACUUGGAGAGCUCUCUGUCCAUAGAGGAGCUGGCGGACUCCCCUCAUUCGCGAGAAGCAGAACUGAAGGCCCAUCUGAAGCUCGUUGAGGAAGAAGCCAACAUCCUGAGUCGGAGGAUCGUGGAGCUCGAGGUUGAAAACCGCGGGCUGAGGGCAGAGAUGGAUGACAUGAAGGGACAAGGCGACAGAGAGCUGAUGGGGCAGGAUAUCCGGUUUGCUUUCUCCUCCACCAGCUGUGGGGACUCUGGGGAGAGCCAGGUGGAGCUGAGGCGACACCUGCAGUUCGUGGAAGAGGAGGCAGAGCUACUGAGGAGGUCGCUGAUGGAGCUGGAAGACCAAAACAAGCUCCUCAUGAAUGAGCUGAACAAGUACAAGUCAGACCAUGACCUGGACAUCACCCUGUCAGAGGACAGCUGCUCGGUGAUCAGCGAGCCAUCCCAAGAGGAGCUGGCCACAGCCAAGGUGCAGAUCAGCGAGCUCAGCGGCAAGGUGAAGAAGCUGCAGUACGAGAACCGCGUGCUGCUCUCUAACUUGCAGCGCUGUGACCUGGCCUCCUGCCAGACCACGAGGCCGAUGAUGGAGACCGAUGCUGAGGCUGGCGACUCUGCGGACUGCAUCCCGACCCCUCUCUGGAGAGAGGUGCCCGUUGGAGGAGAGAAUGAUGCCAAGGACCGCCCUGAGAGAGGGCCUGGCAACGGCAAUGGGAAGUCUCAGGAUAACAGCCCCACCCAGCUGUUCAAAUCCAAGGACUUGGAGAUUCUGCUCGGCAUCCGGGACCAGGCCGCACUUGUCAGCAAAGCCAUCGAUGUCUUGAUUUCGGACUCCAAUGGCUUCACCCCCAGCCUGAAGGUGUGUCUGGACAAUGACUGCAUGGACCUGGUGCUGAGCGAGCCGGUGGAUAACAACAGUGAAAGCACCAGUGACUCCAAGCUGAUCAACAUGAUCUUCAUGAGGCUCCGCGUCCUGCAGCAGGAGCUGAGCUCCUUCAUGAGGAAGGUGGAUCACAUUGGGGACUGCUGGAAAGAGCAGAUGGACCCUUUCGCCUUCCUGCCCAGCUGCGGCGCCCAGGACUCUCCCAAAGGAGCACUGCGCAAAGAGCACAGCUCUGACUUCCAGCAGCCAGACUUUAGGGACGGCCCAGACUGGGACGCCGCGGGGAGCCGGCCCCCUGACCUGUACCGCAGCAACAACGCCAUGGACGUGGACCCCAGUGUGAAACUCCCCAGGAACUACAAGCCCUACCGACCGGACGAGAACGACUCCUAUGUCACCGAGAUCAAGGAGCUGCAGCUGGUGCUGGCUGAAGCCAACGAGAGCCUGCGGGGCCUUCAGGAGCAGCUCACCCAAGAGAGGCAGCUGAGGAAGGAGGAGCUGGAGGACUUCUCCCAGAAGAUCUGCCAGCUGCGGGAAGAUCAGCAGAAGGCUCUCCUGAGGCGGGAGUUCGAGCUGCAGAGCCUGAGCCUCCAGAGGCGGCUGGAGCAGAAGUUCUGGAGCCAGGAGAAGAACCUCCUGGUGCAGGAAUCCCAGCAAUUCAAGCAGAAUUUCCUGCUUCUCUUCAUGAAGCUCAAGUGGUUCCUCAAACGCUGGAGGCAGGGGAAGAUCCUCCACAGUGAGGGCGAUGGCUUCUUGGAGGUGAACAGCAUGAAAGAGCUGUACCUACUGAUCGAGGAGGAGGAGCUCACCCCACAGCAGCAGGCCGAUAACAAGAUGUGUGCCGGAGACACCUGGACCCAGAACACGCCCAAUGAGUACGUCAAGACCCUGGCAGACAUGAAGGUGAUCCUGAAGGAGCUGUGCACGGAGCUGCGCGAGGAGAGGCAGGGCGUGAAUGAGCUGCAGCAGCAAUUUGCCAAGGCCAAGGCUGCCUGGGAGGUCGAGCGGACUGAGCUCAAGUGCCAUAUCGCCCAGCUGGAGUCGAAGGUUGGGAAAGGGGUCCCGGAGCGAGCCCCAUCGGACUGGAAAGUGGCUCUGAAGAGGGAGCGAGAGGAACACCAGCACCUCCUGGCCGAGUCCUACAGCGCAGUCAUGGACCUCACCAAGCAGCUCCAGAUCAGUGAGAAGAACUGGAACCAGGAGAAGGUGGAGCUGCUGGGCAGGUUCAAGGAUGAGCAGCAGCAGGCAGAGCAGCAAGUGAAAGAGCUGCAGAACAAAAUCAACCAGCUGCAGAAGGGAGCCGACCGGUGGGCUGUGGAGAAGCAGGGUAGCAACUGGAAAGAGACGCUCAACGAAAAGAUCACCGACAAAGAGACCGUUUCUGAAACAGACCCCAAGGGAGCCAGUUUAAAAAGGGGAGAGGUGCACGUUCUGUUCCCUGGGCGUUUCCAGAGCCUGCAGAGGGUAGAAGCAUUACAGAGUAAACAGCUUACCAACAAUGAAAGAACCUACAUGCAGACAGGCCUACCAGAGGUCAGCCAGCUGCCAAAUGGCUCUGUCAGGAGCAUUUCCGCCGUCCCAGAUAUUUUCUUGUGGGUUCAAGGUCCUCACCCCCUUUGCUCGAACCUGAGCAUGCUGAGACCCAGAGCACGUCAGCAGCCGGGCAGUGGGGCUCUGCUCAACGUGCAGCUUCAGAAGCCUGGAUUGAGGACAAAGUCCAUUUCCUCGAUGUCCGAGUUUGAAAGCUUGCUCGACUGUUCUCCCUACCUUCCAGGCAAGACCAGCCCUGUGAUCCCUGACCACGCACGAGGCAAGGGGUCCCCAGCCACACAGCUGCUGCCUAAUGGCAUAACAGACCCUGCCGGAGUCCACCCCAAAAACUGUACAUAUGUGACUACAGAGCAACCUGCCUCUGAGAGCCUGGCAAAAGACAAACUGGGCAUUUCCUCAUGGGACUAUUCCCGGGCAAACAACCUCUCUGGGCAGGAUCCGGCCCAGAAGCAAAUGCAGAGGAGCUACACGGCACCAGACAAGACCGGGAUCCGCAUCUAUUACAGCCCUCCGGUGGUGCGAAGACUGGAGGCACCGCUAAUCCACAACAAGGAGGGGAAGAUCAUGACUGAGCCGGGCUUCCUGUUCACAAUGGCCAAGCCGACAGAGCUGGAGGAAUCCGACAGCUCAGAGAACACGUACAGCCGGUGGCUGUGCAACUUCUCGAAGCAGCAUCGCGAGCUGCUGGACAGCCGCAGUGCCGACAAGGCUGGGCCCUCUGGCCCCCGGUUCCCAUCCUCCCUGCACGAUUUUGAGAUUUCCGGCAACAUGAGCGACGACAUGAAAGAGAUCACCAACUGCGUGCGGCAGGCCAUCCGCUCCAGCUCGCUGGAGAGGAAGGUGAAGAGCGCCUCCAGUCAGACCACGGGGCUGACGAGCGUCGGGACCCAGACCAUUCAGAUGGUGAGCGUCGGUCUGCAGACAGACGUGCCCCGGGGAAACCUCCACAGCAAGAGCUGGUCCCCACGCAGCUCCUCCCUGAUGUCUGUGCGUAGCAAACAGAUUUCUUCGUCUCUGGACAAAGUCCACUCCAGAAUCGAACGGCCUUGUUGUUCUCCCAAGUAUGGCUCCCCAAAGCUCCAGAGACGGUCUUCCUCCAAGCUUGACAAUUCGAAGGACAGAAGCUUGUGGAACCUUCAUCAGAGUAAGCAAAAUGGGUCGGCCUGGGCUAGGUCAACCACAACCAGAGACAGCCCGGUCCUCAGUAACAUCAAUGAUGGCCUGUCCAGCUUGUUCAAUGUUGUGGAGCAUUCCGGGAGUACAGAGUCCAUCUGGAAACCAGGCUGUCCAGAGAGCAAAGCUAAGCCAGAAGCCCCGAAAUACGGCAUCGUGCAAGAGUUCUUCAGGAACGUGUGCGGGAGGGCCCAGAGCCCCACUUCUGCCCCAGAGAAGAAAGAAUCACCGGGAGAUGAUGGCACCAAAAAGCAGGAUUACUCCCAGCCGGUCACCUGCCAUCCAUCAGAAAACGUCUCCCGGAGCUUAAACAAGAAACUCCUGAAGCAAAGCAGCAACGAGGAGCCCAAGGUGUCUUCCCCAAGCCAGGGGAGCAAAGACGGGGCCCCAAGGGACCUGGACAUCACAUCUAUGAUAGCCAAUGAGGACACAGCAUGCGACUGCAGCUCCCAGUCCCUCACCUCCUGCUUCGCCCGGCCUUCCCGCUCAGCUGUCCGGCACUCCCCUUCCAAGUGCAAGCUGCAUCCCUCUGACCCCAGCCGGGCGGAGGAGAAGGCAGGGCCUCUGAGUGAGUGAGUGAGGGCAGCGGGGACUGGGCUAAGCCGUGUCUGCUUUCUGCGGCCCUGACGAAAGAGCACGCUUCCCGUCUGCGCCAGCUGUGCCGCAGCCUGCGGGACCCGCCAGCCCCGGAGAGCUGUGCUGGGGUCCCAGCGGGGCCCUCGCUCUCGCAGAGACACAGAUGCUUGCACAUCUGUCUCCUAACCGUUCCCCAGCUGCUGGGGGCGCUUAAGAAGCAGAUGCUGCAGGAUAGUCGGGAACGGAGGCUUCCCGCGUUAUGCCUGGAUCCGGUUCCAGGGGUGGAGGGGAAGUUACUCUGGGCGGGUGUCUCCUGACCCCCAGGAAGUAGCCUGCCAGCCUCACCGCUCCUGCAAGGGAAGGAUGAUUCCAGGAGAGAGGAGCCUGGGGUGGGGAGCUCUGGGCCAUUUCCAUAGCCCUUCAGGCUCCUCAGAGACCUGCACUUCAGGGAGACGGACAGCCGGCGGGGGGUGGGGGGGGAAUGAAGAGAUGGGCCCUGCCUGCCCUGGGAUGUGGGAACUGGAAACCACAACCCUGCAGCAGCCUCUGGAGAGCUGGCAAAGCCAAGGCCCUGAGCCUGGGACUCCCUCGGGCCAUGCUGCUGACAAGCGCCCUGGAGAGGAUCGGCAGCAGGAGCGCGGAGAGCAGCUGGGUCAGCUCUGGGAGGAAAUGCCCCGGGCAUGCUGUCACUGCACUUCGCAGACAGGGCUGUGGGCCGGGGGUGAGCCCUGGGGGGCAUGCGCCCUGGGGGGGUGGGGGCGUGUUGUAUAAAGCUGAUUAUUGUGUGUGAGGCUCUUCACUAUGUUGUCUCCUUUGCCAUGUUGUCUUCGAGUGGCACUGGUACGCCCCUUCGCUGACACGGCCGUCCCUCCCCCGCGCCCUGGGGCUUUGUGCAAACCCAGCUCAGAGUGGAUUGCCCUGCUGUUGCAUCAGCCACUGCAGUGCCUGCCUCCUGUGCUGGAAGGAUGCCAAGGGGAGGAUCACGGGGGCAGGCACGGGGCUCGUUCAGGCCCUUCUCCUCACCCAAACAAUGUUUAAUUCCCCACCCCAGCCCCAGCCUGGCCAGUGCCGGAGGCUGCAGCAAGCUGCCCUCUCUGGAGUGCUCCCCGAGCUAGAGCGCUGGUCGAGUAGCUGCAGCAGCUCCCUUUGUCUCUGGCUCGCCUAGCGGGAUCCUGGAGUCAGAAGCUGUACAGCCGCCUGGCCUCAGGAAGCACAGCCCAAGGCAGAUGGGAACAGGAGCAAACGCAAUGCGGUGGGACUAUAGACUGCAGUAGAAAGGGGACCUAGCAGCCUCACAGAGCAUAGGGCAGGGGGAGGUACAGCGGUGUUCUCCCUUUUCCAGGGGGCUGUGCCGGAGGAGUGUGUGUGUGUGAGAGAGAGAGAGAGAGAGUGUUUGUGUGUUCUCCCUUCCCCUCCCCUCUGGAGCAAUGGGCCCCGGGGACAAGAUAAGCCAGGCACACCUUGGGGGCCCUUCCCCUGCCCCUCGCAGCUGGGUCUGAGCGAGGUUCUAGUUACAGUGAGUCUGACAGUGGCUCAAGCCAAGGUGGCAGCAUUUCCCUAGGUUGUGUCCCACCCAGCGUCUGGCAGGUGUGGUUGGACGCUGAGGGUCGUCUGGAUCUCCUGGGUCUCACUAUUUAAGGUAUUUGUGCAUGGUUUAUGAUGCAAUUCGCAGAGGUCUCCGCAGGGUCAUUUGUUUGUGUGUUUGGCCUGGUAGCCUGGAGCUUGCUGUGGUUGUGUCUGAGUGUGGCAGGUGUGGGAGAUCCAGUGGGGCAGCCUCGGUUGGAGGGGGGGUGUGUGUGUGUCUGUCCCGGAGGAGGCAGAGGGCAGCGGGGCCACGGCUGGAAUUCAGUCUGAUGUUCCCCGACCAUUACUGGGAGCUUGGCUCUGACUCAGUGGCCAAACAGCUCUAGGACCCCUGCUUCUGCCCCGCAACUCACGCUGGCCCCUCAAGGAUCCCUGCGCUCACUUCUUCCUGGCCCUUUCUGCUCCCUUCCUCUGUGAAGGUGCUGCGUUCCGGUUCGUGUCCUCUGUAGGGAUGGGGUUUUCUCUGCACACGCACUGCUGCCUCCAAGCCCAAGCAUUUGUGCCUUAGCACUGGUUAGACACCACAGUAACAAGAGUGGUACAAGUACAUGGGCCAGGUUUAUCCCUGGUGUAGAGAAUCAGGGCUGCCUUUGUCCCAGUAAAAAGAAAAGGAGGACUUGUGGCACCUUAGAGACUAACACAUUUAUUUGAGCAUGAGCUUUCGUGAGCUACAGCUCACUUCAUCGGAUGCAUACUGUGGAAAAUACAGUGGGGAGAUUUAUAUACAUAGAAAGAAAAGGAAUAUACAUAGAGAACAUGAAACAAUGGGUGUUACCAUACACACUGUAAGGAGAGUGAUCACUUAAGGUGAGAUAUUACCAGCAGGAGGGGGGGGAACCUUUUGUAGUGAUAAUCAAGGUGGGCCAUUUCCAGCAGUUGACAAGAACGUCUGAGGAACAGUGGGGAGUGGAGGGGGGAAAUAAACAUGGGGAAAUAGUUUUACUUUGUGUAAUGACCCAUCCACUCCCAGUUUCUGUUCAAGCCUAAGUUAAUUGUAUCCAGUUUGCAAAUUAAUUCCAAUUCUGCAGUCUCUCAUUGGAGUCUGUUUUUGAAGUUUUUUGUUGUCUAUGACGUCAAGAAUUAUAACAUUCAAAAACCAGUUGGAGUACGCUUCAAUCUCUUUGGUCACUCGAUUACAGACCUGAAAGUUGCAAUUCUUCAACAAAAAAACUUUAAAAACAGACUCCUUCAGACGCAGUGUUUAUUGUACCCUUCUGUCUCUUCUUGCAGCCGUCCCCCUGCGCUCUGCUGCCAGGCACCUGUCAGGGGUGAGGGUGAUUAACUGCUGGAGCAGUCACCAAGGGUGGGGUGCGGAUUAGCCAUCUCUGGCCGUUUGUAAACCAAGGGGAUUUUUUUUUCAAGAUCUCUAGUUCUAACAGGAAUGAAUGCAGGGAAGAGCUCUGGCCUGUGGUAGGCAGGAGGCCAGACUAGAUGGUCACAACAGUCCCCUCAGGCCUUAGAAUCAAUUAAACAUCCCAGCACCUCUGGAGAAACGCUUCAAGCCGUUUGCUCUGUCUGUGCAGGAGGCUGCAGCACUGCCAUUGAGUGAGCGAGGCAAAGCGAUUGAAGGUCUGUAACCCACCUUCUCAUGCUGCAUUUAAUACUGCAGUUAAAUCCAUUUCCAGGCCUCUAAGCCCUGGUCUACACGACAGUCAGCUUACAGCGACCUAACUCUGUAAGCAGCUACACUAGAAUGUAGCUGCCACCAGUGUAACGCGCCCGCUCUGCUGACUAUGACUCCGUCUCCGUGAGAGGGAGAGCACUUAGGUCGAUGUAGUUAGGCCAGCGUAGACCCUUUUGCUGCCUUUCAGAAGCCUUCCCACAAUGCCCUACGCUGACAGUUAAAUGGAUGCAAGCACUGCUGGUGAGGACCCGCACUGGCGACACAAGGAGCGCAGUGUGGACAUGCAAAGGCAGUUUAAUUACUGCAGUGGCUGUACGUCGCCGCAGCUUCGACUGUCCGCGCUGCACUGAUGGAGCUGUGCCGCUGUAGCACUUCUGGUGAAGACGCUCUGAGCUGACAGGAGCGAGCUCUCCCGUUGGCUUAAUAACGCCUGCCUCCGCGAGCCGCGGUAGCUGUGUCGGUGGGAGUAGCUCUCCUGCCAACACAGCGCUGUCCACACCAGCGCCUAGGUCAGUGUAACUUACAUCACUCGGGUGUGGAUUAUUCACACUGCCGAGCGACAUUUAUACCAAAGUAAUCUGUAGUGUAGACAGCCUACGGUCAACUUAAUUUUGUAGUGUAGCCUUGCCCUAUCUUGUGUCUCUUUUGUUGCUGCAGAGUGUCCAGGGUGCAUUCGGGCAGGGAAUGCUCAAUGAGCCAGGGAGGGCUGUCCCUCGGGGGCUCUGGGACAGGUGACCUGCCACAGCAACGCUCCGGGUCAGCUUGAUCCAGGUGCUUGGAAACCACGUCCCAAAUUCAGGGGGUGGGUGAGGGUGUUUACAGCCGGCAUAAACUGCCUGGCCCCUUCUUCCCAGGGCUGUUAAUUAUGCUCCAGCAAGCCCCACGCUAUGCUCCGCUCAGCUCUCCUAGCAGUUAGGCUGAGUUUGAAUCCCCCCCGGGGGCUCCUCUGAUAUUCGGACUGGGCUGUACAGCCCACCUCAGAGCAAGCCAGCAGCGUGGAGCGGGCUGGCCCUGACCCCCAACGCAGCCCUGGCACGGUGGGGGGAGGGAGUUUAGUUAAUGGCUGAGAGAGCAUGCCCUUCUCCUGCCUUUCAGCACUUGCUGGUUGUGACUGGCAAUGGCAACCUCUGCGGGAGAGGGGAACCCUUUUCCUGGCUGCAUUUCCAGCCCUCCCCAAGGCCAGCUGUGCUGGAAGUGGUGUGAGAAAAGCUGACCUCAUCAGACAUGGAGUCCAGCUGCUCCUCUCUGUGCUGGUCCCCGGGCCUUGGCAGGGUCCCCCCCCCACCCCUCGCUGUCCUUCAGCAUCAGCCUCCACUGCAGCCCUGUGCUCACUGUAAACUCCCUUUUUGGCCCAUUUUAUCAUCCCAGCUCCUGGUACAUUUUGAUUGACUUUCCUCCCCAGGGUCUCUGAGAAUAUUGCAAAGGGAGAGAGAGUGUGUGUGUGUGUGUGUGCGCAGAGUUGUAAUUCAGCCUGCAACUGGGAAAUCAUUUCUUCAACCCACUGCCCUGCCCACUACUUGUACCAGGGAGCCGUGUGUGACCGCAUUUUGCUUCAAUGUUUAAAAACACAACACAGGCCCCAGAGAUACCCCUAGCCCCGUUGUAUCCCUGAGCAGAUGUGUGGUGUCUGGGGAGCCCUGGCCCUGUCGCUAACAGCACCUGCUGAAUCCAUUACUCCGUUUCACAGUCUCAGCUGGGACACCCCCAGCUCCUGGGGGGGGCUGUUUUAGUUAAUUGCUCAUUACAAAUGUCUUGCAAACGUCCCUUCCUUUUGGUUUGACCUGAUCUGAUGGGCUGCAGGCCCAGGCGGAGCACAAGGCAGGGUCAGUUUAAAUCAGCAUGAACUUUUGAGCUGAAGGAAUUUUUAAAAAUAAUGAAAUUAGCUAAAUUGGGAGGGUAGUAGAUGAGUUAAAAGUACCAAUUGGACUAUAGGCUUGCCCUGCCCAGGACCAGAACUGCUGUUUGGCUGGGAAUGGAGUCUCAUUUGGGGGAGGGGAGGAAGUGCAAACAAGCCACUGGUUAAUAAAGAGCCAGUGUUUAUCAGCUUGGAGCCCUGGAAGGCAUCAGCACUUUCUGGUAAAGCCCUGACGCUCAAUGCCAGCAGAUUUCUGCAGUUAAAAAUAAAUGCUCGCUGCAUUAGGUGCUAACGAAGUCCCAUUGCCAGCCUGCUGCUCUUUGCACUGCUCUGGGAGAGAGUAAAGACAUCUGCCCCCGGAGGGGAUUAGGAGAGUUAGUGUGGAGAACGCCUGGGCUUGCAGAACAACGGGGGUAGGUGUGUGAGAUGCCAGCCAAGCCCAUGGGGAGGGUUCCAGCCAGACAACACAUCCACAGCCAUGCAGCCAGGGCUGAAUCCACCCGAGGGAUGAGGAGAAACUCGUGUAUUUAUCCCGUGAAUAGAGGGGACUUGCAAACGAAGCGGUGAGGCUGUGCUCUGCGCUCAGGCAGGGUAUAUGCUAGGACCACAGCCAAGUCUUGUUCUCUGUCAGCAGCCGAGGGCUACGCUCUGUGCACCUCUGUUACGUGAGGGGAGGGCAGUGGCCCAGCUGGUUCUGCACAAGUCGCCUUACUCUGCCUGAUGACUAUGGGUGGGUCUUAGGUUGUGUCCUUCCACUGGCAGAGCCAGAGAAGGUCUGGGCAUGUUCUCACCUGAGAGGAGCAGACAGCGUAUUGUCCAACCUACCAGCAGACAAGGAGCUGUGGGAGCCUGGGGGUUAGUGCAGCUCUUGAUAGUUUUUGCAUGCGUUUGGCAGGCGUGGGGGUCUGUCCCGGGCGGGGGCUGGGGGAGUGUUGUUAAUGUGGUCGUUAACACCCACUGUAAAUACUUUGGGGUGGGUUUCGCAUUUUCAUUGGUAACUAGGGUUUUUUUUAAAGAAUCUAGUUUUUGGAAUGUGGUUUCUCAUUUUUACAAAUGCCUUUUUAAUUAUUUGUGAUACUCGUCAUGUCUGUCCUGUCCUGUAAAUAGCAGCACUGGGCAUUUCUGCCAUGAGUGGAGGUGAUAAGCCAUGUGUGGCCCUGUGGCUGGGAGGGACUGCACUGGGCAUGUGCCCGGGGCCUUGUCUUGGCCACCUGAUGGCCCACCCCAACAAGUGUGCAAAGAAGCCGGGCUUUGCUUCCGCAAAGUCAGUUGAAGGACACGGGGAGGUAGCAGAGAGAGCAACCCUGAGCCAUGGUGUGUGUAAUACGCAGCCUUUUAACUUGACACUGUCAUCUCCCUGCUUGGAAUUUGAAAGAGCAGAAUCUCCGCAUGAGCUGAGCCUCGAUUGGCUGCAGCCCGGGGUGCCGGCCAUUCUGAAAAUAGCAUACUUGAAAUUAAAGAUGAGCCAGUUUGGCUGCUUAAACUCCCACCCGCUCGUAUGGUGCAGUCAGCCAUGUCCUGUUUCCCAGCAUGUCCUGUGGGGAAGGGUGUGUGUACAGGGAAGCGCUGAUUUCAUGUCAUUUCCAUGCAUCUCACUGGGUUAGGGUUUCUCCCUGCAGGGGGUGGGAGAGAAGAGCUGCCCUUUGGGGGACUGUUCCCCCUGCAGCCCUGCCACACGCUGGGUAAGCUAUUCCCGAGCAGAGCUCUCUGUCCAUGUCACCUGCACCAUCACAGCCUUUCCCUGCUCUUCCUUGCUGCAGCGUUGGGCUUUGAAAAGCCUGCUGAGCUCUUCCCAAAGGCCCUGUCCUGCUGCAAAGCUCACAGAUAGGGCAGGGCGGGAGGCUGUUACUGACUGUUUUCUCAGCCCCUGUUGCUGUUUCCCUAGCAGCCUCAGGUGUCCGGGUCUGGGUUCCAUGUGCUCGCCCCUUCCUUUUGCAUGGCCCCACACUCACAUGAAGAGCAGUUUCACUGCCACUGAUGACGGGGCUUCCCCACUCACUCUGUCCUCUGUCUGUACAAUUGUGUGUUGUGAGGUAGAAAAUAAAGGGCCUGCGAGCUCUGAAAUGAAACCCCCAGAGCUACCUUCUGUGUGUAGGGUGCCUGGCUGACCCCUGGGUUGGGGGCACAGCCCCCAGAGUAGCUCCCUGACACCCUCUCGAUCCAAGGGAAAGGCAGAAUCCUGCUCUUGGCUCCAUCCUGCCCUGAGCAGCUCCUGGGGGCUAGGUCAGGGGGGCUUCCGUUACUGAGCUGACAGACUCUUCCCAGGAGACCGAGAGAGGAGCUGGGGGAGGGUCUUUGGCCUCCAGCUGGUGCACUCUGCCUUCAGGAACCUCUCGAGCCCUUUAGGUCAGUGCUACUCAAAGUGGUGGUCCGCAGACCGGUGCCGGUCUGCGCACACAUUGGGGUGCUCCACAGCGGAUCGCUUGAGAAGCACUGCUCUGGGUGACCUUGAAGCCCUGCUUCAGCUGUUGGAAGUUGGGCGUCACCGGCCAGCAGAAGAGAGCGGGUUGGGGUACAGCCCCCUGCUGGUUGAUUUGGGAGCAGCAACAGCUGCCUGGCCAGGCCUCGGGAGGAGCGCGCCUUCUCCCCAGGACCAGGCUCCAGGGGUGGAGCAGGAGGCCCCGCUUCACGCUGGGCGGGGGAGCUGAGGGGCACCUGGGCUCCCAUUCCUCCACAGCUGAUCCCAGAAAGAACUGGACCAAGGGAGCCAGGCCCGGUGCUAAAAUCUAUUCAGCCUUUUCCUUCUGUGCGAGCACCAGGCUGGCCUCUGCCGCUGCGUGGCCCCGCAGCGGGGCUGGACUCGGUGCAGCCCCUCUGCUGUGCAUGGCACCUGCGCCAAGCUGCCCUGCUGGUCCUGAAGCAGGAGCAGACGGCCUGCCCAGGGUCCUGCAGGGGCUGGCACAGCAGGUGCUGACUUAUGGGGCACAAGGAUAAAGCCUCAGCUCCCCUUGUCCCUGAACUGGAGCAGCCAUAGGGUGGCCAGUUUGGGGACGUAUUCCUGGAGGUUUCAUCACAUGCCACAGUUUUAAAAGAUUAAUCUUUGAUUCCGCAAGACUAUGGGACAAUCCUGGAGGGUUGGAAACCUUCAGCAGCCAUGACUGCAAAUCCUCAGGGCUGUGGGCUGCAAACUGCCACUGGCCACAGGAGCAGCUGCUCAUGCCGCUCUGUGCCGUGGGGCAAGGCCUCCCUCUGCUAGGGAAGCCACGCUGAUCCUCCACUCCUGUUAGUCUCCCCUGCUGCGGGGCUGCCCAGCUGCUGCCCUGGAAAUCGAGCUGCUUGCAGCUGAGAUCACGGAGCCAGCCCCUCACCAGCAUGGCUGCCGCAUGGAUUGCUGAACAGCCAGAAGCUGCACACCAUCGCUGGGCGGCGUGCAGGGCUCUCUGACAGCUCUGCGUCCAACACCUGCCCUAACAGCCUCCACAGCUCUGGCUCUCACUACCCCUGCCCCUCCAUCUGCCCCCAGUAACCCUGCCCAGCUGGGGUGGUCGGCCUCAGGCCUGCAGCGCUCCUGGCCUGGCCGCACCCCACACAAGAGCUAGGUGUGAGAGGCUCGGGAAGGCCCUGGUGCCCAGCUGUCCCCUCCCAUCUGCUUCCAGCAGCCGCUUCCCGCAACAUGUGCCUGAGCCAGCCUCAGCCUGGGUUACAGAUGCUGAGCCAGCCCCAGUCCAGGGAUUCGCCCGGCUACACACACGGCGUCAAACAGGCACACAAUUACGCUCGCACGGUUGCUGAGUGCUCCUGGCUGGAGCAGCCCUUCAGCCCUGGCCUGCAUCCUCUCCAGCUGCUGCUCCUUGGCCAGUCCCACGUCAUGGAGCAUCCCUACAUAGGGGAGGAGUGGGCAAACAUGGGCCGCCUAGCCAACGUUUUAAUACGGCCCUCGAGAUUCCGUGGGGUCGGGGGCUUGCCCCGCUCCACACAUGCUGUGGCUUCCUGCAGCUCCCGGAAGCAGCGGCACGUCCCCUCUCCAGCUCCUAUGUGUAGGGGCAGCCCCUGUACACAACGCUGCCCCUGUCGGCAGGCACUGCCCCCACAGUUCCCAUUGGCUGGGAACCACGGCCAGUGGGAGCUGCAGGGGUGGCAUCUGCAGACGGGGCAGCAUGCAGAGUCGCCUGGCCACGCCACUGCAUAGGAGCUGGAAGGGGGACAUGCUGCUACUCCUGGAGCCACUUGAGGUAAGCGCUGCCCAGAGCCUGCACCCCUGACCUCCUCCCACGCCCCAACCCCCUCCCCAGCCCUGAUCCCGCUCCUGCCCUCUGAACCCCUCAGCCCCAGCCCUGAUCCCCCUCCUGCACCCUGCUGGAGUCCUCACACAGACAUACACAUCCCUGCCCCAGCCCGGAGCCCCCUACCACAGCUUGAACUCAUUUCUGGCCCCACUCCAGAGCCUGUACCCCCAGCCAGAGCCCUCACCCUGUCCUGCACUCCAUCCCCUAUUUUGUGAGCAUUCAUGGCCCGCCAUACAAUUUCCAUACCCAGAUGUGGCCUCAGGCCAAAAAGUUUGCCAGCUCCUGAUCUAGGGUCUGGGCUGCAGGGAUCACUUCCCCCAAGCAAAGUCUCAGGUAGAGUGUUCCCAUGGCCACAGGGUGGGGGGCAGGCAGUAUGCACCCACCAGGGCUACUGUUGUAGCAAGGCAGGUGUUUGUGCUUGGCACCCUUCCCACCCCCACCCCCAGAACAGCUCAUCCCCGGGGGUGGGAGGGAUGUUACAGGGGUGACACAGAGGGGCCUAGCCGUGAGGGCACAACAGCAACCCAUGUACAUACAGGUACCCCCAUCACAGAGCCCAGUGCAAAUGUGGGCCCCGCCCAACCUGCACACUCCCCACAUGUGCAUACUGCCCCACACGCUCGCCAGAGACCCCACAGCACCUGGGCCUCAAUUGGGUUUUGUUACUGGCUAGCUCCCACUGAACUCCAUUGAAAUCCACAAAUGCUGGGAGCCUAAAUACCUGCCAGGGUUUGGCCCAGUGCUACCAGAAUGCACCUGAACCUGCCAAGUGCCGGGAAGGCACCACACACCCAGCCCUGCACAGCCAGUGGGCUCUGUGCCUACUGGACCACUCAGCUCAGCCUC